AUGACACAGAAUGUCAAUUACAGAGAGGAAAUGCAGAGUACACAAAUAACCAAUCUAGACUGACACCAAGCUCAAAUCAUCUGCAGAGCUUGCUGUGAACUCGUUGAAGACCAAGUCUCAAGAAGAGUCCUACCCUGCGAAUAAUUUUAAAGAGAGCCAGGCGAGCUGAGGCCAACCAUUUUCCAUCCUUGCCGAUUGGUGAGACUCCAGAAAGCAUGGAGCAAGAGACAAUUUCCCUUUUGGCAGAACAACAGAAAAGAAACAACCGGCAAUCAAUAAAAGAAAAGAUGGCGAAGGCGUUAGGAUACCGAAGACAAGAAAUAGUGCAUCGGAGGCCAAGCAUUGAAGGCCUCUUGGAGCGGUGGCCUGCACUUUUUCACAUGGAAGAGGUAAAUGCUGAGUUAAUGCGCAUAACAACAUUUCCAUUGGAGACAAAGUUCUUGGCGCAGUUGGACAAACACUCCACCAAACUACUGCAGGUCAUCAGGAGCAGGGGAGGAGUUGUGAAACAGAAGACCACCGGGAUCUUGCAGGUUUUGGAUGAGACUGUGGACAUCACCAUCAGAAGAGAAUGCAUCCUCAAAUCUCUAAUGAUCUACCUGGGUGAACCUGUUGACCAUCUCAUCAAAGAAUUCCAGGACGCUGAGGCUGGAGAACUGGAGCAGGCAACAAUGGAAACCUUUGUCACUGGGAAAGAGGAUCAGUUUCAUCGACCCAAAGACGUCAAGGUUCUCAUCGAAGGAACAGAGGUCCUCAGCGGCUUGCCCUCGGUUGUGACAGCUUUUGCCAUGCUCUUCGGGCUCAUAUACGCACUGAAAUGGGGCGAAACCUGCGAGCUAGUUCAGGCAGUCAACUCGAGCACUUAUGCUGCAUUCAUACAUAACGCCCCCUUGCCACUCUACAACCAACCAAACAGAGUCUCCUUAAUAUGCCGCUCUAUUUAACCUGCCAGAUCUCUCUCCAUGCAUUGCUUGCUGCUGCU